AUGUCUAUGCUAGGCAAUAGUUGGACAGACUCAGGGAUCACCAAUAUUGUGAAGGCCACUCGGUUCAUGACAUGCGGAAGAUGGAUAACGUCCACUUGGUUAAUUUUGUUCGAGCUGACCCUAAAAGGAAAAAAUGCAUUUGAAACAGCAUAUGAUAUAGCUAUGGCAACUGACUUGAAAUCCUAUGCAAAGAAGUUUGUUGUUAUCCAACCUGGUGAUUGGCCAUGUCAAUUUUACUGCAGGCAGGUGGUGUACCAGCAAACCUAUAAUGUGCAAAAGAAGAAAACCUUCAAAACAGCAGCAAGAAAGGCAAACCCUCUCUCUGCAAAACCUAUUCCAUCAAUCAACAUACCUGAUCAUGAAUACUGCUUCAAUAUCCCACACUCCCCAACUGUUGCUGAACAACAAACCACAUCUCUUUUGCAACCAAAUUCUCCAUUUAGUUCUUUUGCUCCAAUGAUGGGUCCCCUGCACAUCUCCCUCGAUAGUAAGGAACAUGUGUUUUUGACAUUCUGGCCAUUCUUUCAGCGAUGCCACGAGGAUCUGUUUCCAAAUUGCAAACUACCUGAAAAACCAAGACCUUGGCGUAUUAAUUUACUUCUGGAACUUGUUUAUGGAGGAUGGCUUUUAGUCUGUUCAACAACUUUAAAAACAUUUUCCAAGUCAAAAGAUCUUCAAUAUGGCACUCUGCUCAAUCUCCUGGACAAUUACAUACCACUGGUUUUGUCCAUAUACUCUGUCACAUUCAAAUCAAACAAUUUUAACGAAUACUUUAAUGCCAUGACGUAUUUGGGUUAUGUUUGUGUGUUGAAACGCCGCCAAAACAACCAAACUGUCCAUAAUUGUAUGGAUGAUCAAUCAUUGGGGAAGGCAUUUUCCUAA